UCACACACGUAGCGGAACAGACAUCACUCAUCUUGUGGCGUUGCCCUUCAGAAGUCGACAUGAAGUACGCUGUGAUUCUAGUUGCUGUAUUUUUCAGCUGUGCUUUCGGCAUAGACACCGUUCCUUCUUUGAAUGUGACAAAAUAUCUUGGUCGCUGGUAUCAGGUAUAUGCCGACCCCGCAGUUAUGGUUACUUCUGAGCGUAACCAAGUUUGCGUGACAGCGGAUUAUUCACUCCGGAAAGAUGAAAAAAUAGGAGUUCUGAAUAGAGGGAGACUCUGCAAACCGACAGGAAAGGAAAGCAGCAUCACUGGGUAUGCCUACAUGACCAACCCCGACGAACCAGGAAAGCUAACACUGCAUCUGGACGGUGUACCUAUCCUCGGUUCAUAUUGGGUGGUAAAACUAGGACCACCUACGUUUGGUGAAAAAGGUCUUUACCAGUACUCUGUGGUCACAGGUAGCAAGCAGAUUAUGUUGUUUGUGCUGACGAGAGACGUAGAAACAUUCAAAAGCCAAUAUGAUGAGGAAGUGAGAAGUUUUUUAAAGGAAAACGGCUUUACUCACUUCUACAACAAGCCUGUAGCCACAUUACAGGACAAGAAAUGUUUGUACGGAGCUGAAAAGCCUUCUCCGUAUCAGACAGUGAAAGAAUUUCUUCGAAAUGAAUAGACAUUUCGGCCACAGUUGUAGUUUUAAAGAUGAAAAGAAAUAUAGCAAAUAAAAAAUCAAAGAUGUGAUGUGA